UCCAUAACGAUAAUUAAGGGUCCAAGAGGUGGGAUGUGGCCAAUGAACACAACCGAGAGUGGAAGACAGGUUCGUCUGGGUGGUGGAUGGUCCCAGUUUCUGCAUGAAAAUGAUAUAGUAGUUGGAGAUACCCUUUUGUUUCAGCACAUUCCAAAUGCAAGCAAUUUAGUACACGUCCAGAUUCUUAACAAGGCUGGAUAUCGAAACCAUGGACGAGGAGGACGACGGGGGCGACAAAACAAGCAAGCAAAUGCCUCUGAAAAGAACACCAUUAUUGCUAUUAAGCAAAAAAGAGGUCCACCUUGCAGGCAAAUUGAAGAACCAAAUUCAAAGAUAACCAAAGGUCUAAGCAUUGGAGGGGAGAGAGAUAUUACCCGAAAGGAUGAGUUCGAAUCAGAGUUAACCCCGAAGAAGGCUUCAUUUGUAGUGGUUUUGAAGCAGUACCAGAAAUUCUAUAUUCCUGUGCCAACCAGUGUUGCCAAAGAAAUGGGCUUGACAAAGGAACCAAGCACAGUGAUAAAGGACUCAAAGGGUAGGAAGUGGCGAUUAAACAUCUUAGUGUAUGCAAGAUCAGUUCAUCUUGGUGCUGGAUGGUCCAAGUUUAUGGAAGAAAAUAAAUUAGAAGUUGGUGAUACCCUUUUGUUUCAGCACAUUCCCAACACUGGUAAUGUCAUUUACUUCCACAUUAUUCGCAAAGCUAGAGAUGGAAAUCAUGGGAAAAGAAAGAAUUGAGUAAAUGCCUGCUAAAAAGUGUAGUAUCAUUUUGUAAUUUCUCUCAGUCUUUUGUUUUAUUAGUUUUUUGUUUGAAUAUUAAACCGUUGAAGAUGGCAACAAUGGGGUUGUAUUAUAAGGUUGGUUUUUUAUAAGCCUCUCUUUUGUUUGGAUGGUGAGAAAAAGAAAGUAUGGUAUGAUCAUGUAAU